GCGCGCAUCCCCGACCGCAAUUCUGGUUGACACACUCUCUGGCUCAUCCAGCAUGGACCACAUCAUCAGGGCAAGCCCACGGCCUUGCAUGUUUCUCUCUCGCCUGCAAAGGAGCCAGUUCGCUCGUCCUUCGACUUUGCGCUUCUACUCUUCUGUUUCUUCCUCCUUUGUAUCCCCAGCUCGUUCUUUUCAAACUACACUUCUCACUCGGAACGACCCCACCAGCUGUCCCACCUCGCAAAAGAGCUCAACUUUCUCCCCAUCCACUACGACACGCCACUUCUCCUGCAGCAUGUCCGCUUCCACUGCCGUUGAACCCCAAUUCGCCGAGGGCGUCGACGCGGACGAGCUCCGGCCGCGCCUGACCGCGCUGCUGCAGCCGGAGCAAGGGUGGACGCUGGAUACGGAGGGCCAGGGAUUGCAGAAGACAUACUUCUUCAAGACCUAUUUUAAGGCGGUGAGCUUUGUGAAUGUGGUUGCUUCGCAAAGUGCCACGAUGAAGCAUCAUCCGACUAUGACUGUUCGGAUUGGAUCGGUGGAUAUCCACUGGACGACGCACCACCCGCGAGGUCUAACGGGCAAGGAUGUGGAUAUGGCGCAGCAUUGUGACGAGGCGGCGGAACUGAUGGGGGCGGUGGAGGCCGGGCAGGGAAGGAAGUGCCAUUGAUGAUUGAGCUGCAUUGCAUUGCAUUGAUCCGGGGGUGUAUUUAUGAACUUCGUAUUCGUAUGAAAUCCCGUACAUGUGAGCGUAUAAAAAGUUCGAACCUGGAGGUGAGAUGAAACUGCCAGCCAGCCAGCCAGCACCAGACCUGAAG